AUGCAUGAGGAAAGCCCACCUGUCACUACACUUGCUAUUCAUCUUGAAAAUGAGCAGCCUGUAUAUUUUGAUCCUUCCUGGCCUCAAUCAAGAAUUGAUAAUGUCCUGAGAGAGAGUCAUACCACGCUCAUGGGUUACUUUCAUUAUAAUGCCGUGAAUCAAAACAAACCUGGUUUUCAACCAUUGCUUUACCAGCAAUUCCCAGAGCAUAUGACUUGGAAAGAAAAAAAGCCAAAAAGGUGGGAAGCAAGAAGAACCGAUACCAUGUCUAUCGGCCGCAUGUACUACUGUAGCCCUGCUGCCGGCGAGAGGUAUUAUCUGCGUCUGCUGCUCACAGUUGUCAGAGGAGCCACGUCGUUUUCUCAUCUGAGAACUGUCAAUAAUCACGAGUACGCCACCUUUCGCGAGGCCUGUAUGAUGCUGCAUUUGAUCGAAGAUGAUGGAGAAUGGACCAGAGCCUUUGAAGAAGCUGCUACCUUUGCCUCUGGCUACGCAAUGCGUUUAAUGUUUGUCUCUGCGCUCAUGUUCAACUCAUUGGUAUCGCCUGUUCAGAUUUGGAAUCAAUUCUGUGAAAGUUUCUGUGAUGACCUUGAGCAUGCAAUCGUGCAAAAAGGGUAUUUGCUGCUGCUCAGCGUGCAACCUGACGCUGAAUUUUACCGUGGAACGCGAAGUCUUGAUUACGGCUUAUAUCUGUUGCAAACAUCUCUUGGUGCACAAGACAGAUCUCUAGGUCAGUUCAAUUUGCCUCUGCCUCUCUUCAACUGGAAUGGCUUGAUAAGCAGAAUGACUGGCAUACAGCGCAAUUCAUUGAUACUUAAUGAAAUGUCAUAUUUCCAAGAUCAAGAAGCCUUUUCGUACCAGCGAAAGUACGCUCAAAUGAACGCUACCCAGAAGCACGUAUUUGAGACCAUCACCUCCUCCAUCAACAGCAACACCAACAGCUCACAUUUCUUUUUGCAAGAAGCCAGGGAAAAAUUGUUCUCUGUGUUGCCUCCUCUGGCAUUGCUGCUUUGCUACUUCCUGGUGGGCGUACGUCGCACUCUCGCUUUGCCAUUCCACUCAACAUCCACGAGCAGUCUGUGUGUGCAAUCAAGAAAAACGAUGAUCUUGCUGACCUUAUUCGAAACACAGCAUUGUCGUGGUAAUGAAGUUACCUUUGGUGGUAUUCCUGUUGUUCUUGGCGGUGAUUUUGCUCAAAUUCCACAUGUUGUUAGGCAAGGCGGUCGUCCUGAAAUCGUCAAUGCCUCACUGAAAUCGUCAAGAUUAUGGCCCAAAUUACAAAAGCUAAGGCUCACCGAGAAUAUGAGACUAGCCAACUCUAAUGAAACAGAUUGCCAAUUUGCAGAUUGGAUUGGCAGAAUGUCUUACGAAUCAGCCAUGAUUGGCAGCAUUGCUUUACCCUCUUUUUUGAGGCAGAUGACUGAUCUUGAUCAGUUCAUUGAAGACAUCUAUCCCAAGCAUGUUCUGCAGCGUCCUCUGCAAAAUAGCAAUUUUUUCAAGGAAAGAGCUAUUCUCUGCUCAAAAAAUAUCAAUGUCGAUGCUAUCAAUUGCAAGGUGAUGGAGAACGUGAUUGGUGAAAAGGUCACUUUGUACUCUGCUGACACGGUGCAAUCUGAUCUGACCAACUCUAUGUUGCCAUCUCGAGAGCAACAUCUGCAAAUGGUAUAA